AUGGCGACCUCCCAGCGUGUUGUGAUUAUUGGCGCCGGUGUCGUCGGCACUAACCUCGCUGAUGAGAUGGUCUCACGAGGAUGGAACAACAUCACGGUGAUUGAGCAGGGCCCAUUGAGCAUGCCUGGUGGUUCAACGUCACAUGCGCCUGGCCUGGUAUUCCAGACGAACCCUUCCAAAACAAUGACUUUACUCGCCAAAUACACCGUCGAGAAGUUCUCAGCGCUCGAGAAAGACGGACAGAACUGUUUCAACCAGUUGGGUGGCUUGGAGAUCGCGACAAUCCCAGAACGAUUGGAGGAACUCAAGCGCAAACACGGAUACGCACAAUCAUGGGGCAUCGAAGCGCACUUGAUCAGCCCCGAAGAAUGUCUCAAGAAGUACCCUCUCCUUAACAAGGAUAUGGUGCUAGGUGGUCUUCACAUUCCAAGCGAUGGCUUGGCACUAGCAGCUCGCGCGACACAGCUACUUAUCGAAAACACACGCAACGCGGGUGUCAAAUACCUCGAGCAUACCGUCGUUACCGGAAUCGAACAAGCGAACGGUCAGGUCACCGGUGUGACAACGAACAAUGGUUCUGUACCGGCGGAUAUAGUUGUUUCGUGUGCCGGUUUCUGGGGUGUGGAGAUAGGAGCCAUGAUUGGACUCAAAGUCCCUCUUCUUCCUCUAGGGCACCAGUAUGCGAAGACUACGGCUGUACCAGGCCUCCAGAACCGCGAAGUCAACAAGAAGAUCAACGCCAUGAACGCCGAGUUGCCCAUAUUGCGACACCAAGACCAAGAUCUAUACUACCGAGAGCAUGGGGAGCAGUAUGGAAUUGGUUACUAUGGUCACCGGCCGAUGCCUGUCAAGGCCUCAGAUCUGGGUGUAACACCGAAACACGUUGAUGAAAAGCAUAUGCCUUCUCGCCUAGAUUUCACACCAGAAGACUUUGAGCCUGCCUGGAAAGCUACCAAAGAACUGCUUCCCAUUCUUCGCGAGACUGAGAUCGCUGACGGCUUCAACGGCAUCUUCUCUUUCACACCAGAUGGUGGAUCCGUUGUCGGACAAGCACCCAACCUCGAUAACUUCUGGGUCGCCGAAGCUGUGUGGGUAACACAUUCGGCCGGUGUAGCUCGAGCUGUCGCAGAGACCCUUACGGAGGGUCGUUCGACUGUCGACAUUGCGGAGUGCGAGUUAACACGAUUCGAGGAAGUACAGCUCAGCCCAGAAUACGUCAGCGAGACAUCACAACAGAACUUCGUCGAGAUCUACGACAUCAUCCACCCCCUCGCACCGAAAGAGAACCCUCGAAACCUUCGCGUCAGCCCGUUCUAUACUCGUCAACAGGAGCAAGGCGCUUUCUUCCUAGAAGUAGGAGGCUGGGAGCGUCCACACUGGUAUGAAGCGAAUGCGGAUCUGGUCAGCACCUUGCCGGAUGAAUGGAAGCCGGUCGAUCGCGAUGCUUGGUCAUCCAAGUUCUACUCGCCAAUCGCUGCGGCCGAGGCUUGGAAGACACGAAACGCAGUAGCAUUGUACGAUAUGACUACUUUCCAUCGAUUCGAGGUCUCCGGUCCUGGUGCUGUCCACCUGCUUCAGAGAUUGACGACCAGUGAUGUUUCCAAGCAGCCUGGCGCUAUCACCCAUACUCUCCUUGUCAAUGGCCACGGCGGCGUACUAAGCGAUAUUUUUGUGUCCAGGAUCGAGGAAGACCUGUUCCAAGUAGGCGCCAACACUGCGACCGAUCUUGCCUACCUCGCACGCGAAGCACGUCGUCAACAAAAGCACACACCUAGUCAGUGGGCUCAGGUACGAGACGUCACUGGCAGUACAUGCUGUCUUGGUCUUUGGGGUCCUCGCGCUGGGGACGUUAUCCGCACAAUCAGCUCGGAUGAUUACAGCAACAAAGGCUUGCCGUAUAUGGGUGUUAAGAAGACGAGCAUAGCUGGAAUUCCCGUCACGAUGUUCCGAAAGUCCUUUGUCGGCGAAUUCGGUUGGGAGGUUCAAACCACACCUGAAUAUGGCCUGCGCCUCUGGGACUUAUUGUUCCAGUCGGGCAAGCCCCACGGUCUAGUUGCUGCAGGUCGCGCCGCCUUCAAUGGACUACGAAUCGAGAAGGGUAUCCGAGCCUCAGGUUCAGACAUGACUUCUGAGCACAACCCAUGGGAGGCUGGCGUGACGUACGCGAUCCAGAUGGACAAGAAGGCGGAUUACGUUGGUAGAGCGGCACUAGAGGAGCUUUCUAGAAAGGCAGCAUCUAAGCGACUUAGAUGCUUGACUGUCGAUGACGGACGAUCCAUGGUUCUGGGUAAAGAGCCAGUCUUCGUGGAAGGCGAAAGAGCUGGUUAUGUUACUAGCGCCGCUUUUGGUUACACGGUACGCAAGCCUGUCGCAUAUGCAUGGCUUCCGAGCAAUGUAAGCGAAGGAAAGUCUGUGGAGAUUGAGUAUUUUGGCAAGAAGAUCAGGGCCACAGUAACUCGAGACCCAUUGCACGAUCCUCAGGAACAGCGUCUGAGGGGUGAAGGAUCGUCCGAAAAGCCGGGGUUGCAGAAGAGACUGAAGUCGUUGUUGUAG